CUAACACAAAAAGCUCCCCAGGGCCAGCGUUCUACAUCGUUUUGAAGAAAAUUUUCAAUUCUACACCAAAAAUCUACCGGGAAGCAUUUGUUUAUUUUCCCCAAGCCACUGAUUUGCUUUGAAAAACUAGGGUUAUAUGAGCCUAAAAUUCCAUAGAAGAAUCUGAUUCAAUAAUUAAUGGAAGAAGAUAACAACAAAAUGGAAAGCUCUAGUCUGCUAGAAAAAGAUCACCGGAGAGAUGACGACGGCGAUCUACUCCCCCUCUCCGUCCAGCUAUCUGCCCUGCCCUUUUCCGAUGACGGUGAAGAUGAAGAGGAAGAGGAAGAUGACGAGGACGACGAAGAGUUCUCUUUUGCCUGCAACGACGGCGCUUUGCUGUCGCCGGUAGCGGCCGGUGAAGUACUUUUCCGGGACAGGGAGAUCGGCCCUGUUUUUCCGUUAUUCGACCGGGACCUUUUCUUGGCCGCUUCUGCCUCGGCCUCCACGCCGCCGGUCAAGCAGGUUUUCGUGGAGACAACAACGUCUUCUUCCGGGAAAGAAGAAGUCGCCGGGGCGUUCUGCAAUUGGUCGUCGGAGAAGAAUAAGACGGCCGGGGAGACUAACGGCGUGGAACCGCCGGCGCCGGAGGAGGGUUGCAAGAAAAGCAACUCCACGGGAUUUUCGAGGUUCUGGAGAUUCAAGGACUUCGUCCACCGGAGUAACAGCGACGGGAGGGACGCAUUCGUUUUAUUGAAACCUCCGGCGCCGGCGAAGGAGAGGGCCGGCGGAGUCAACGCCAAAGACGCGGGCGAAGUCGAAGUCAAAGUCAAAAAUCCGCAAAAGAAGAAAAAGAAAAGCGAAAGCGCGUUGGCCCACGAGCGUUACAUGAAAAGUAAGGCCGGCGACGGUCCCGGUAGGCGGCGGUCGUACCUGCCUUACCGGCCGGAGCUUGUCGGGCUAUUCACUAAUGUCAACGGCGGAUUAACAAGAAAUGUCCAUCCGUUUUGAGAGUGUUGAUGAUUCAAUUCAUUAUUUAAUUGUAAUGCUACUAAUUGAGGAGCAUUCGUGUGGUUAUUACUCCAUAUAUUGUUUUUGUAAUUUUGGGAUAUAUUGUAAAAUUAUUUAAAUUAUUGUAGCACCAAAUAUAUACUCUAAUUACUUGGAUUUGUGUGGCAUUUGAAUAUAAUAAAAUAAAUUUAAUGAAACCCU